AUGUCUCUAAUACCAUACCACCCCCAAGAGGGUCGCGAGAUCGUUCUACGCCACCGGAAUGCCAUUGUCGUUCGCGAUCCCGCCUCCCAAAGACUCGCCAUCCGAAGCGUCACCGAAUGCCCGACCUGCCACCAGCCAUUGCGCCCAUCGUCCCCAGACCGCCAUGGUUUCGAGGCAUCCUCGCAGCAGGACUCAUACGUUGAUCCAGGCUAUUUUCGCAUGUUGCGUGCUGGGCACGGCGAACCAGAAGCCAGCGAACCCCCGUCUAGUCCCAUUCGACGCCUGAUCCGUCCUGUUCUGCCACAAGCUCAGCCGGCCGCUUUUGAAGAAGUUGACGAUGCCGAGUUCGUAUCCAGCACCCCCCGUGUGCAGCAAGGUAGCCGCAUUCGCCGGGAGGCUUUCAGUCCGAACUAUUUCAAUACAUUCUUCGUCGAGGAGCGGGAGCUAGGACGUGGCGGCAAGGGAGUCGUGCUGCUGGUCCGCCACGAGAUUGAUGGUUGCCAUCUGGGACACUUUGCAUGCAAGCGCGUGCCGGUCGGAGACGACCAUGCUUGGCUAGAGAAAGUUCUCAUCGAGGUCGAGCUCUUGGCGAAGCUCUCUCAUCCCAAUCUCGUGUCCUACCGACACGUCUGGCUCGAAGAUGUCAAGCUUAUCCGGUUCGGACCCAGCGUUGCCUGUGCCUUUAUCCUGCAGCAGUACUGCAACGGCGGCGAUCUUCUCAACUACAUCAACGGAGACCAACCGAAGCAGACCACGAAGGAAGAGCUCAAAGCGCGCCUGCGGAGGAGGUCCAAGGGCCAGUCUGAGCGAGCUCCAGUCUCACAACGGCAUCUCUCUUUUGAGGAGAUUUAUUCCCUGUUCAGGGAUGUGACGUCCGGUCUUUCAUAUCUCCACGCGGCCAACUACAUCCACCGCGACCUCAAGCCGAGCAAUUGUCUCUUACAUAGGGAGGGAGGCAAUCUGAUCUGUCUGAUCAGCGAUUUCGGAGAGGUUCAGCCCGGAGGACAAGUGCGGAAUUCCACGGGCUCCACCGGCACCAUCUCCUAUUGCGCACCCGAAGUCCUGAAGAAGGACCAUGCAACGGGCUUCUACGGCAACUUCACCACCAAAUCCGAUAUCUUUUCCCUCGGCAUGAUUCUGUACUUUAUGUGUUUUGGCCGCCUACCCUAUCAGAACGCCAAUACAAUCAACGAGGAGCUGGAGGACAUUGAUGAACUGCGUGCCGAAAUAACCGAUUGGCAGGGCUUCCAGGAUGAACGGAGAGAACGUCCUGAUCUACCACCGAAGCUUUACCAGCUCCUCAAGAGGCUUCUCGCCCUGGACCCCGUACAACGACCCAGCGCCAACGAAGUUCUUGCUGCCAUGAAGGGAGAGACAAUAUUGGAUGGCAUCCCCCCUGGACGUAGUUCAAGCCCUUCUAUGGGCCUGCCUGGCCGUAGGGUUCAGAACCUCGAUUCCCCGAUGCCACCAAACACCCCGGUCCCAGGUUUGUGA